CAUUAAAACUAAUCAAUGCAAUUCAUUUUUAUUGUAGUUUCUCCUUAUGAAGGAAGUAUAGGAGGCCUUAGAAUGCAGAACAACUUUCAUCCUUUACAUUUCCAUCAAGUUCACGGGGAUAAUAUAAAAUUAAUGAAAAAUGGAACAGUGGCAUGUAGACAUGAAGGUUUCUGCAAAGGUAUUGCAUUUAGUGACCGGCCGGUUUUAGUUGGUGAGCCUGUGUACAUAAAAUUUAUAGAAAUUUCAAGUAAUUGGAGUGGAGCUCUAAGAAUUGGUUUUACUAUGAAUGAUCCUAUAUCAAUGAAAUCUAAACUCCCAAGAUAUGCCUGUCCAGAUCUUACCUCAAUAAAUGGAAACUGGGCUAAAGCUAUUGCUGAAAGAAUGGCUCAAAAAGACUCUAUUCUUUUUUAUUAUGUGGAUCAAAAUGGUGAUGUUCAUUAUGGUAUUGAUUCUGAAGAACAUGGUAUAUUUUUUGGAGGAGUAAAUACUUCUGAAAAAUUAUGGGCUGUUCUAGAUAUUUAUGGAAAUACCACUGCAGUCGAGUUUAUUGAGCCAAGAUCAUCAAUUCAAGAUUUCAUUAGUGAAUCUGAUCAUAACAUUAUACCCGUAAACAGUGAUUUUCAAUUAAGUCAUACAGAGAAUUCAUUUAUAGUAGGAUCAAGGAUGUCCUUUCAUACUACGCAUGGGAAAAAUGCAGUAUUGAAAAGAUAUAGGCUAGUGGCAUCUAGAAAAAAAGGAUCAUCUAAUUUGUCCUAUGUGUUUACGGAUCGACCAUUAAAUAUUAAAGAAAAACUUCAAAUUAAGGUCAUUAAUAUAGAACCUCAAGCUAGUGGGACUUUCAACUAUGGCAUUACAAGUUGUAAUCCAUCAUCUCUUCUUCCUGAUGAACUGCCACCCCUUGCUGAGGCUUUAGUUGAUCGCCUAGAAUAUUGGGUUGUCAGAAAUGACACUAAUGCAUAUAAAAUACAUGAUAUUAUCACUUUUAGUAUUAAUGAGGAAGGUGAAGUACAAGUUUUAAAAAAUUCUGUAAGAUCCUCUAGGUUCCAUGUAGAUUCAACAUUGCCACUGUGGGUUUUUUUAAAUUUAUCUGGUAUUGUGUCUGAAGUGCGUAUUAUUGGCUCACCUGACGCCUAUGAAUGUGAUAUUACUGAUCAAUUUGGAAAACUUACUGUUACUUUGCCAUCUAACAUUCCUUCUAUGGAUGAGAUUGCUGGUCCAUCAAGUGAAGAUACAAAUUCUGAUAAAAUAUGUGUCGUUUGUUUUGAAGAGCUUGCCAAUUGUGCAUUAUACCGGUGUGGUCAUGUGUGUAUGUGCUAUGAUUGUGCACACAAAAUGUGGAAUCCUGGUUCUAAUGUUCAAUGUCCUAUUUGCCGUGAACCUAUACGUGAUGUAAUAAAAAUUUAUACUUAAUUGUAUAGUGUGAAAGACAUUUGAUCUGAGUGUGUUGUAAAUAUUUUAAGAAGUAUUUCAGUGUUUUAAAAGUUUGUAAAAUUAAUUAAAAAUACUUAGAUUCAAAUCCUUUUAUGAAAAGGUUUCUUUUUUAUUUUGAAAUCUUACUUUCCUAUGUAAGUUCCUUACUUUUUAUUAAUUAUUAAAUAUGAAAAUUCAAUUUAUUAACUUGAUAGAGAAAAAGAGAAGGAAAAGAUUUUAUUUUGACAUUUUCUUUGAUAUUUUAAAUUUAUUGACAGCAUUUACAAAUAAAUUUCCAACAAAAAUGACAAAAUCUAGCAGUUUUGAGUAAAAUCUAUCCAUCAUAAAUAUGUAUGAAGAGGUUCUGGUGAUGCAUUUUUAUUUAUGGAUUGCACUCAGAUAUUGUUGGUUUUAUUAAGGUUAUCCUACUAUAUAUUGUAAUUUGAAAAGUAAAUGGUUUCUAAGAUGACUCAAAUUUCAAACUUAUUUUAAGUCAUUUUAAUAAACCAGACUUUUGUUAAAAAACAUAGAAAUUUAAAGUAUUUAAAUGAAAGGAAAACAGGUAAUUGAAUUUAAAUUUAAUUGCGAAGAGGAAAUCAAAUUAUUGAUAUUUUGUGUAUUAAAUAUUUUUUUUGUGUAGAUAUAUUUAGCAGAAACAUUGGUUGGUACUGACAUUAAAAAUUUUCUUCUUUUUAAUUUCAUCCAAACAAUUAUUUUUCUUAUUUUACUAUUUUUUUUAUGUUCAGUUUCCGAGCCAUGUAAAUCUUAUGAAUGAGGGUCAUUAUUUUAAUAAUUUUCCACUUGGGAUUAUUUUUUUCAUAUUAUAUAACUAUAAUGAAGAAAAUUAGCCAUUCCAAACCUGCUGUGUAUAGAGUUAUUUUUUUAAAAGUUACUUUAUUCCUUAUUUUCAUUUAAAUGUGUUGAAGUUCUUUAAUAUUUAAAAUAUUUUAAUGAAAGAUAUAUUGCAAAUUAUAGCUUUAUUAAUAUGUAUGAGACCAAAAAACUAAAGCGGAAAGAUAUACCUGUCAAUGGGAAAACUUCAUUAUUUUCAAAACCUGGAGUGGAAAAUGCUGACACGUUUCUCAAAACGAGACACUCACUAUCAAGACCCACUAACACAGGUAAUGUAUUCAUUAUGGGUGUCUUGUUUUAAAUUGUUGAAACUUGUCUAACUUUUCCACCUUAAUUUUUCCAUCAAAUUUUAAAGUCUUAAGAUAUAAUUUUUGCUCAUUACUACUUUAAAACGCAAAAUUUGUGCCAAUCAACUAAAUAAUUAAACAAAUCAAUCAAUCAAAUAAUUAAGCAAAUCAAUCAAUCAAAUAAUUAAGCAAACCAAUUAAUCAAAUGAAACAAAUCAGCCAAAUUAAUUCCUCAAACAAAUAGUUAAACAAAUCAUCAAUAUUAUUAAUUAAUCAAUCAAAUAAUUUAGCAAAUUGUUAUCGAUCAGAUCAAUCAAACAAAUCAUCAUCACUCAGAGAUAUCCACUUGUUUCUCAUCAUAAAUAUUCUCACAUCCUUUAAUGAGACUUCCUUUUUACUUCUUUAUUAUUGUAUCAUACAAGUGUUAUAGCCGUAAUCCUCACAAAUCUGUUUGGGAACUUCAAUCGGUUUAGUUUUUCUUGCAUUCAAAAAGUGAAUAUCUGGUUGUAGCUCAUAUAUGGUACGAUACUUGUUCCGUUAAUCUGUUUAAUUGAAAGUAUGUAAAGCAAAUAAAGAGAUCAGCUGACACUAUACUUGGUGAAGGUAAAUAGAUUAGCCGACACAUUGGUGAUCUCUAAAAUACUUUAGACGGUAAGCAAAUGAGUUAAAUAAGUGAAAUUACUGGUGGGAAAAUGUGAGAGCUGCAAAAAUUAAAAAUGGAAUUCAGUUCUUAAAAUCUUAUGCUUUUCAUAUUGAGCUUAAUUAAAAAAAAAAAAGUAAUUUUUUUCCAUCAAUCUUUUUUUUUAAAAUGUACUUUUAAGCUAUGAUGCAUAUCUUUUGGAAUUUUAUCUAUAGUGAUUAUUACAGAUUUAUGACUUCAAUAUUUAAUAGAGUUUUUAAAUUUGCAUGCAUUAUAUUUCAACAUGCCAAUGUAAUAUGAUAAUAUCCCAUAAGUCAGAUUUCUAUAUUUAUUGUGAAAUAAAACUAAUCAUGAAUUAUCUUCUUUUUUUUUUUAAAUAAGUGAACCUUUUUAUUUGUUAUUUUCAUGUUGGUUUGAUGUAUGCAUUUUUCCUCUUUUCAUUUUAUUCACAUUUCUGCAGUAGGAUUUUAAUAGAUAUUGAAUAAAGUUAAUGGUACUGAUUUAAAAAGUUGCAAAUAGAAAUAAUUCUAUGAAAUUAAUUUAAUGAAAAGAGUUCUAUGGAAUUAAAUUUUAUUUGUUAAUUUUUGACAAAACUGUUUAUUUUAGAAUUUAAUGUGAAGCUAUUGUACUAAAACUUUAUUAAAUACAUAGGGCACUUCUUUUCCAAUAAAUUGGUAAGAAACCUAGUUGCCAUGUAUAUUAUUUGUAUUGCCAUGUAUAUUAUAAUGGACUGCACUCCAUAAUAAAUAAUUUAGAUUCAUAAGUACCAAAUUUUAUAUUAUUGCAAAAUAAUAGCCACAUAAUUGUGGCCCUCAUAAUGAAAAAAAAAUUUAAAAUGGAUUUAGGUAAGAGUAAAAAAGAAAGUAAAUUUUAUAUCAAAAGAAAACCAUGUAAAAAGAUAGGUUUUUUUUCUUGUAUAUUAUUAUGUAACUAAUAUUUCAAGUGUAGUCCGAAAGCAUCAAAAAGUGAGCAAACAAAAUAUUUCUAGCAAAUGUAUUUUACAUGUAUAAGUUUAAACAUAUGGUUAUUAUAAUUAUUAGUUAUAGUUUUGUAUUUGAAGAGGGGAAGAAAAACUCUCUACAUAGACACAAUCCAUGUGUUAUAUACUAAAUGAACACAAACUUUUUGUGUGAGCAAAAAUGUCUCUGUGUUUAUUCAAGGAUUCUAAAAAUU